UGCCACCACAGUCCUUGCCUGCUCGCCCUCCGGCUAGCUUGCUCGCUUCCCCUCGUCCAGAGAGAGAGGUCAACAGCAUCCUGGAGCCGCCGUGUCACUCCCUGACAGCCAUGAACUGCAGCGAGAGUCAAAGGCUGCAAGCCCUCUUGAGCCGCCUGCUACUCGAGCUGCACCAUCGGGGCAAUGCCAGCGGCCUGGGAGCGGGCCCCGGCCCGAGCAUGGGCAUGGGGGUCGUGCCUGAUCCUUUCGUGAGCCGCGAGGUGACAAGCGCCAAUGGUGACGACACCUAUCUCUACAUCCUGCUCAUUAUGAUCUUCUAUGCCUGCCUAGCCGGAGGCCUCAUCCUGGCCUACACCCGCUCCCGCAAGCUCGUGGAGGCCAAGGAGGAGCCAUCCCAGGCUUGUGCCACUCAGCAGGAAUGGUCCCCCGUGUCUGCAGACGCUGAGACUGCCGUUGGCUCCCUGGCUGAUGGCAGCUGCCAAUGCAUCCCUGCAGCUCUUCCAGCUCUAGCUCAGGGCGCCGAGCGGGUCUAGAUCCAUCGCCCCAGCUUGCUCUUCGCACUUGCACGCUCUUCAUCUUGCUUAUGCACGGGCCCAGCUCCUGCCCUUUACAGCCCCGGGCUCGCCUCCCCCCAAUGCCCAGACAGUGAUGAGAAGACCUGGUCUGAAAGGCUCUAGGAGAAGCACCGCCUUCUUCACACCUGGCCAUGCUUUUCCCUCCUCUCCUCCCAUGCCUCCAGCCCCACCCAGCACAGUCAACUGAACUAAACCUGCUCUCAUCUUUCCCAAACAGCACUGACACCGCGCUCCAGUCUACUGGGACUGAACACACACGUCCAUCGCUUGGCAUUGAAUCGAAGCAAUGAAGUCUAGCAGAACUCUGGGCCUUCUAACUGGCCGCGAUACCACAGGUUGUCCAGGACUGUUCACAUUCUGUAGCGCCAAUGGGCUUGCCAUCACUGGCUUCCUAUUGCUUUAGGGACAAAGACAAAGAAAAUGAUAUGUCCUCAGACAUCUUGUCCCUUCUUUUCUCUUCAGCAGGGAGCUAGGGAGACACUUAGGACCACUUUGUAGGAUAGAUUGGAGAGUAAAAUGUUGAGGGGUGGUGCUCAAUGGGAGGGGAAGCUAUGGCCCCAGAGGUAUGUCUGUGUGUGUGUGUGUGUGUGUGUGUGUGUGUGUGUGUGUGUUUGUCUCCUCUGUUGACAUACCAAAGAUAACUUGUCUGGGUAUUAGCAUGUUGGGCACCUGGCCUGGGGAAACUAUGAGUAUAAUUGCUUCACCCAGUACUUGCAAAUGCUUCCUGUUUAUUGAUUCAGUUAUGAUUACAGUGUGUGCUUCAUCUAUGGAGCAUGGA